GAAAAGUUUGGAAUGUUGAAAGCUAACGGACGCUUGAGCAAUGCGUAAUAUUUAGAAAAGCCUAAGAGUAACCCUCUGCUGCGCGCUAACACAAUCGUCACCCUGCUAACGGAGCAACAGCUGACUGAGUACUCCUGCUGUCAGCUGUCAAAACCAUAUGGGUUUUUGGGGUGGUGCCGCUAUGUUCGAAAUGUCAAGCACAUUUGCGUGACCUGCGCACUGCCUUCGUCUUUGCGCUUGGCAUGUAGUAUUGAUUUUAGCGUUAGUGAAAAACACACCUGCCGAUUUUCUCCAUCACACCUAUUUGUAGUGAAAACAAUAACUCGCUCUUAUUAUAGCGGCACUUUUUGGCAAAUCUUCCAACGAAAUAACAUCACAGUUUUUAGAUUUCGCGCAGACAUGUGUAAAAUGUUGAAUUUCGUUAAUUUCAUAAUAUGUGUAGCUACGUUUAGCCAAACAAUGGAUCCCUGUGCGGCUAUGAAGCGCGGACCGCAUCACCCGCGGAGUGAACAGUCGAAAACACGAAAAGUGGAUCAGCAUUUAACGCAUGAGGAGCACCGCAUUGAUGAGGACCUCAAGGAUAUGGGUAUAAAAGUGAAUUUGGAUAGCAUGUCUGAGGAGGAGAAGAAUUUCUACUAUUUUAAGAUCCAUGAUAGCGAUAAUAAUAACGCUCUCGAUGGAUUGGAGAUGCUACAAGCGGCCAUACAUCAAGAUGAACAUUUCAAACAAGUCGAUCGCGAUAACUUCCUUAAAAAUGCAACCGAAGAAUUGAAUCAUAUCAUAGCAGACUUUUCAACUUCCAGAGGUUAUUGAUGAGUUCCUGCAGAUUGCGGAUGCUAAUAAGGAUGGUUUUCUGCACUAUGCGGAAUAUGUGAAAGCGGUUACCGGUGCGCCCGAGGGGCAAUAGAGCCGAAGAGUGGAUCAGUAAAGAGAAAAUAUGUUUGGAGAUGCAAAGGAAAAACAUUAUAUGAAAUUAAAUAUAGGUAAAUUAGCUCAAGUUGCAAGCGAAAGCAAAAGUGAAGAGUAAUAUAUAAACAAUAAAUAGUGAA